AUGAAGUACUCUAGAUAGCUAAUUUUAGUUUUAACAUUCUUCUUUUUAGCAAGUUUACCCUAGACGCUUACUUAAGAGAUCCAGUAAUCUCCUAGCAAAGAAGAAAAAUAUGUUUAAAUUAUUGAAAAUUCUACUAGUGAUAAAUAAGAACACAAAAAUUUUUAAGUGGAAAAAAAAGAAAGCGGUCUUUAGUUAGAUGAGUAAAAACCUAAAGAUAAAGAUGAUGAAGUUGAUGAUGAUUUAUAGCUAUUAAGAGAUCAUGGUGCUUUGUUUGGAUCCUUCCUUUCUAUUUUAGUAACUGAAAUAGGAGACAAGACUUUUAUUGUUACCGCAAUAUUAGCUACUAAGUAUGAUAAAAAGUGGGUAUUUAUAGGUAGUUUUGGGGCUCUUUUCUUGAUGACUCUUAUCUCAUGUGUUAUAGGAACUGCUUCUCUGUCUUUUAUUGACGAAAGCUACAUAAAGAUUGUAGCAGCUGCUUUAUUCUUUGGCUUUGGUGGUAAAGCUGUAUAUGAAGCAAUUACUAACAAAAUAGAAGAUGAAGAGGAAGAAAUAGAGCAUGAUAUUAAAGAACUUGAAGAAAAAAUAAACUAAAAGGCACAUAUCAAUAAGGAUGAAAACAAUGACACAGAAAAGUAAAAUGAGGAAGAAAAUUAAGAAAAAUAAAAUGAUUUAGAAACUUAACAAUUGUAAUAGAGUUUGCUUAAAUCACAAGAAAAGUAAAAUAAAAAGAAUGCUCAAGUUAUUCCAAAUACACUUGUAGCUGCACAAACGUUUACAUAGAAUUUUUUGGGAGAGUGGGGUGAUCGUUCAUAGAUUUCAACAAUAGCUAUGAGUGCUUCCUUUAACUUUAUUUAGGUAUUUAUUGGGUGUGCUUUAGGGCAUGCAGCAUGUUCUUACCUUGCAAUUACAGGAGGUAAAAUGUUAGCUGAAAAAUUCUCUGAAAGAACUUUAACUUUAGCAGGAGGAAUAUUAUUUAUUAUUUAUGGCAUCAUUACUGUAUUUACAAUUUGA